UUCCAGUGCUGCCCUGAAAGUGGGGACGAAAGGAAGAAUAUCGAGGAGAAAAGUAACAUAAACAUGGCAGCUCUUGUUGGAGGUGAACAAGUCAUCGAAUGUACGGAUAAUGAUGAUCUCUCUUCAUAUGUGUCUACCUUCAUAGAAAAGGAAGUUGGAAAUGACCUUAAGUCAUUAAAGAAACUUGAUAAACUUAUAGAACAGAUGACAGAAAGUAAUAUGCAGCUGGAGGAACAGGUACUUAAAAUUUCAUCAGAAAUCCCUAAAAAAAUUCAGAGUGCCUUGAAAAAUGCAGAAGAAUCAAAGCAAUCCCUUAAUCAGCUUCUGGAGCAAGAAUCACGUCUCUCCGAUGCCAUUAACAGCCACUUACUGACCGCCCAGCCCUGGAUGGAUGAUCUUGGGACCAUGAUUAACCAGAUUGAAGAGAUUGAGCGGCAUCUCGCUUACCUAAAGUGGAUCUCACAAAUUGAAGAACUAAGUGACAACAUUCAACAAUACCUAAUGACCAAUAAUGUCCCAGAGGCAGCCUCUACUCUGGUGUCAAUGGCAGAACUUGACAUCAAACUUCAGGAAUCAUCCUGCACUCAUCUUCUUGGUUUCAUGAGAGCCACUGUUAAAUUCUGGCAUAAAAUUCUCAAGGAUAAGCUUACAAGUGAUUUUGAGGAAAUAUUAGCACAGCUCCAUUGGCCAUUCAUUGGACCUCCUCAGUCUCAAACUGUUGGCUCAAAUCGUCCAUCCAGUGCUCCUGAGAUAUACACUAACCUGGAGACAUUAUUUUGUCAGCUUCUGAAACUACAAACCUCAGAUGAAUUACUUACUGAACAAAAACAGCUCCCUGAAAAGUACUCUCUGCCUGCAUCCUCUCCUGUCAUCUUGCCCAUCCAGGUCAUGCUGACGCCCCUUCAGAAGCGGUUCAGGUACCACUUCCGAGGGAACCGACAGACGAAUGUUAUAAGCAAGCCUGAAUGGUACCUGGCUCAAGUACUUAUGUGGAUUGCAAACCACACUCAGUUUCUGGAUGAAAAGAUUCAGCCGAUAUUAGACAAAGCUGGCUCUUCAAUAAAUGCAAGGCUUGAAUUUUCUCGAGGCCUUAUGAUGCUGAUUCUUGAGAAGUUAGGUACUGAUAUUCCUUGCCUGCUCUAUGAUGAUAAUCUCUUCUGUCAUUUGGUGGAUGAGGUGCUGUUGUUUGAAAGGGAGCUACACAGCGUUCACGGCUAUCCUGCUACUUAUGCUAACUGUAUGCAUAUUCUCUCAGAGGAGACUUGUUUUCAGAGAUGGUUAACGGUAGAGAGAAAAUUUGCUCUUCAAAAAAUGGACUCAAUGCUUUCAUCAGAAGCUGCCUGGGUAUCCCAAUAUAAAGAUAUCACAGAUGUGGAUGAAAUGAAAGUUCCAGACUGCGCAGAAACUUUUAUGACUCUGCUCUUGGUUAUAACUGACAGGUAUAAAAACCUUCCCACAGCUUCCCGAAAGCUGCAGUUCUUGGAAUUGCAGAAGGACUUGGUUGAUGAUUUUAGGAUCCGAUUAACUCAAGUGAUGAAAGAAGAGACCAGAGCUUCCCUUGGCUUUCGGUACUGUGCGAUUCUGAAUGCUGUUAACUACAUCUCCACUGUAUUAGCAGACUGGGCUGACAAUGUUUUUUUUCUACAACUUCAACAGGCAGCACUGGAGGUCUUUGCAGAGAAUAAUACCCUCAGUCAAUUGCAGUUGGGACAGCUGGCCUCAAUGGAAAGCUCGGUCUUUGAUGACAUGAUUAACCUCUUAGAGCGUUUAAAACAUGAUAUGUUGACCCGUCAAGUUGACCAUGUUUUUAGGGAAGUUAAAGACGCUGCAAAAUUGUAUAAAAAAGAAAGGUGGCUGUCUUUGCCGGCUCAGUCAGAGCAGGCCGUAAUGUCCCUGUCCAGUUCGGCCUGCCCUUUAUUGCUUACUUUACGGGACCGGUUACUUCAGCUCGAGCAGCAGCUUUGCUUCUCCUUAUUUAAAAUUUUCUGGCAAAUGCUUGUAGAGAAGCUGGACAUGUACAUCUACCAAGAAAUCAUCCUUGCUAAUCACUUCAAUGAAGGAGGAGCGGCUCAGUUGCAGUUUGAUAUGACUCGGAAUCUUUUCCCUUUGUUUUCCCACUAUUGCAAGAGGCCAGAAAAUUAUUUUAAGCAUGUCAAAGAAGCCUGUAUUGCCUUGAAUUUGAAUAUUGGUUCUGCCCUUCUUCUGAAAGAUGUCCUACAGUCAGCUCCUGAGCAACCUCCUGCCACAGCAGCACUGAAUGAACUUGGAAUUUAUAAACUAGCUCAACAAGAUGUGGAGAUUCUACUUAAUUUGAGAACAAACUGGCCAAAUACUGGAAAAUAAUGCCAUCCAUCAUAAUAAAAACUUCUUAGGAUUUUCUUUUAAACAAAGAGGAUGCCAACUGGAUUUCAAGUUAUGCGGUGAUAUUAUAAUGAAACUGGACAACUGAAAAUUCUACGGAAUCAUUCAUGGACUUUUAGGUGUUAUUAAAAUGCUGGCCAUCCUUCUUUAUACCUCUUUUCCCUAUGGAAAACAAACACAAAAAAACACAAUUUAGAAACCAUGCAAACACAGUCAUUUUGUUUAUACAUAUGAAUGGCAGUCUGUCAUGAAAAUAUAAGAGCAGAGCUAGUAAAUUAUGAUUGACUCUUAGUAUCCUACACUAAUUAAGGGAGAUUGCUGUGGAUAAUCAAACAUAGCAAAUACAUUUUUCUUUUU